UUUUAUUACAAGUGAUGACGAAUUGGCAAUGUGCAUAUUUAAAUACAUUUGAUUUUAUUAGCGCAUUUUGAACUUAAUAUUUUGAAACUGUAAGCAUAGUGCAGUCCAAGUUAUUUGAGUGAACGUGAUUCAUUUUUUACGUUCCGCAUGGCAACUGCGGCAGCCGAGCGCCACAGGCUCCGCAAUUGCCUGUAGAGCCCUCUAUCGAAGUAUGAAAACACCAAAAUUUCCUGCGGUAUGUUUUGAGUAGUGCUAAACCAAUUCGUUUCACUUUUAAUUUCCUUUCGUUUUCUUGUAUCCGGCUACGCAAGGACUCCCCGUUUCCUCCGAACUGUUGAACGCCGAGAUGACAGCGGCAGCCCGAAGUAAUCGUCCCGUCACAUUACAGUCCGCAGAAUAAACGCGAUGACCCAUGGCUGCCGAAUCCGGAGGAAAGUGCGAAAAUGUGGUCUUGGAACCUUACAUCCACCAGGUCGGGGGACGGUCAUCCAUGCUGUGUCUUGACGAGUUAACACUCUGCAAGCCACUAAUACUGCAAGAACUUAAAUUUUAUGAAAACCUUCCAGAUGUUCUCAAGCCGUUCACAUCCGAAUACAAAGGUGUUGUUGAAGUAGCGUUGCUGGAGGACCCCGAUGGCUACCUGACGCUGACAGCGCAUCCCUCGUACGACCCCCUUAAGAAUGGCUGUGCUUCUAGUCAUACCAUCAAGGGCACAGAAAGCAUCACGAGCCUCAAGGCCAGAAAGUACAGGAUGCGCUGGCAGAAGGCUGGCAGCGUCGAAAUUGAGCCGGUGCUCACGGAUGGCACGCAGUUGUUUGAGGAGGAUGACGGCAAGGACAGCUUCACCACACACAACCCAUGGAUUGUGCGAUGCCACAACUUGCAGAUUCAACGCUUCCUGUCAUCCUCCGGAAGCCCCAGAGAGUUCUUGCUGCUGGAAAAUUUGACGGCCCGCUACACGUUUCCCUGUAUCCUGGACCUGAAGAUGGGCACUCGGCAGUAUGCAGACGACGCUUCUGAAGAGAAGCGCCGAAGCCUCGACGCCAAGACGGCCGCCACGACUUCGAGCCCUCUCGGGCUCCGGAUUUGCGGCAUGCAGGUGUACCAGCAGAACCUUGGCUAUUACAAGUGCCACAACAAGUAUUUUGGCCGGUCACUUAACGUGGAAGGCUUCCGGCAGACCCUGUACCACUUCCUUCAUGACGGCAUCCGCUUCCGCUUCGACAUCCUGCUGCCCCUCAUUGACCGGCUCCAAAAGCUCACAGAGGCAAUAGAGCAGCUGGAGUCUUUUCGUUUCUACACGAGCUCGCUUUUGAUCCUGUACGAGGGCAAAGGACCCGACGGGAACUCAAACGACUGCAGCGAGGCACCACCACCACCACCCAAAGAGAGCGUCUUUACCAAGAAGCAGCCGCCACCUCCGGUGGACAUCAGGAUGAUCGACUUUGCCCACUCAGUGUACAGCCCAAAGGACAAAGGGCCAGAUGAGGGUUACCUGUUUGGCCUAAGGAACCUCGUGACUCAGCUGCAACUCUUGAAGCAGGACAACCUCAGCGCUGCCACAGAGGCGCUUCAGUUGAAGUGCGACAACGUUUCUGCGAAGAAGAUCGAAGUGGCUGCGAGAGCAACAAACUGAGACGAUCGCACAACCGAGCGUAAUCGGGACGACCAAGCCCCGGGGGGCUGGUUCUGGCGAGAGAUCCCUGGCACUGACGCUGCGCAGUAGUGGCAUGAUGGAAGAAUCGCUGCCGUGUGAAAUUAUGAGUGGCUCAGCCGAGUAGUCAGCUUAAAGCAGUUGGAACAAAGGAAUCGGAAGUUGGACAGCUUGGGUUUCACCAAGAGGUGGUUUGCAUUGGAGUCUGCGUGGCCGGAAAAAAUUGUUGACAAAUGGGCCUGCCAAUGGCUGCCAGCUGUUGAUUUUUUCACAGAUGCAGGAGCUUUUGACUUUCCACAGAUGUGCCCCGAGCACUGAAUCUUUAAAGACAGCUGCUCCCCAGGGUUGAAACGAAAGGUGCAACAAAUGGGGAAGAAUUCAAGAUUCACAAAUUGCACGAACAAUGCCACUUUGGUCACACUCGCACUGACUCAGUCUCAUCUUGCUUGUGCAUCAUUUGCAUGCAGAGACUGUCUGGUAACAUGACUACGGCAUGCCGUUGUAACUGGCUGAAGCACACACCGUUGACUGCAAGACUUGAAGCUUCUGAAGCGAGUUGUGUGAACUUGGUUCUAAGCUUGUGGUGUCCCAACGUGACGCAUCUUCAGUGACGUGUGGAGAAAUCGUAGCAGUAGAGGCAAGGCAUUGGCAUUUCUUCAUCACAUUUAACAGCACACUCGGAGAGGCAGCUGCAGUUCUGUUUAGCCAUGGCAAAGGAAAUGCUGGCACAGAAUCAUUAAGCAUACUGCUGCAGAACUUCGCAGAAGAGCAUUGUAGGCAUCAGAUUGUGCAAAGUAAGACAAUGUUGAAACAGCUAUCACGGCGUGGGCUGUUUGCUUGAGAAUCAUCGAUAUAUGGGGGCCACAUAGUGGUCAUAUUUUUCUUUUUCUGGAGAUGCUAUUCAAGUGUGCAAAACAAGGCCCCGCGACAAGUGGCACACAAUCAUUCUGACCAAGGACUGAGGUCUGGAACGUGGCUGAAGAUGCUAGUGCCGCAGUUUUUUAAGGUGGCUAAUAGACGCUUGUCAGUACAGAUACUUUUAGUCAUUCCACAAAGGCCGCUUUUUUGCUUCCGAGGGCAGUAUUGUAGCGUGCAUGGUACCGCAAGCAUUGGUAGUAAUGAGAGUGACUUUCCCCGGUGGUUUACUGCUAUACAAUGGUUUCAGAGAUGUGCAGCUUUGACAUCAGUACGCAACCCUUUUUUUUUUCUUUUUUUCCAUCCUUCGACAUCUCGCCUCACUAGUUUUGCUUACUACAUUGCACAGUCACACAGGGAGUUCUUAACAGUGUUCUUUGCUCUCGCACAUUGGAGGGCUUUCUUUUUUUUUUUUUCUUUUUUGCAAGCAGUCAGAUGCUGGUACAAGAUUCGUGGCAGCCUUUCGACGUGCUGCUGCCAACACUCAACUGCCCUUGAUCGCCACUAUGGAGGCAAAUGCAUUUCCUAGAGUUGUGUAGGAAAGACGCGUUUGUUGUGCCACGUUACCUCUGCUUGCUUUGAAUGCCGGUUAUUGGCUCUUUUUUUCUUAUCGUUUCACCGCACCUGCAUUGUCAAGGUAUCCAGGACCAUUAUUUCACCUCCACAUUUCUCGUUGCACUAGUGCUCGGAUAUACGAGUACAGCCUUUCACACUCCGAGAAUGUCUGAGCAAAGACCAUUUCCUGUAACCAGUCAUUCAAACUGAUUUCAAUUGUUCAUGUGUGCAAGCAUGAGGCAUCCAUUUCUCACUCAUAACCAACCACAUUACUAAAGGGUACCAGAACAGCAGCUUUGCACUGUACUGUCAGCGAUGAGUUUACGGAUGACUGGUGUCACAAAAAAAAAAAUAAUAAUGCUCGCUGCCUUGGAUUGUAACAUGGAAUGGAUGGUACAUUGGGGCACAGACUUGGUCAAAUUGAGGAGACACUACGCAACUCCAUGAUGUUUUCGUUGAUUGUGAGAAUGUUUCAAUUUUUCUCUACUUCCAAGGCUCCAAAACCUUUGUUUCUGGCUUGGGUGCUGGUGUCGUCUGGGGGCACUUUUCUGUGAUGACAUGUCGUCCGGUUAUCUCUCAUGUGCAAUUUCGCAAAGUUAUAAAACGUUGACCUUAAAAGGACCCAACACUAAGCAUCAUCAGUUUUCUUGAACUUGGAGCAAUAUGUGUGCUUGUCGUGUAAAUGUUGUACCCUUUUUUCUUCCUCAAUGUCACAAGGGAAGCCCGUUGACAGAAAGAAUGGAAAAAAAAAAAAGAAGCAGCAGCUUGCAAUGUUUAUCUUGCACUUGUAACAGGUCUGAACCUUGCGAACGUUUUGAAGAUUUUGUUGAAUGUCACUCUUCUCUUACUGACAGAGCUGCGAACCUGUGUGGCAGCUUUUCUUGCAUAUGCUGUCCUUUUGUCAGUCACAUGCGUUCUUUGCUGCAUCUGAACCUUUGAAGGUUGUGAACCGCAGGCGACUUCCUAGAAUCCCUAGACAUUCUUUCAGAGCUCCCCAGACGCACUUCAUUUGCUCAGCGACUACUAACACAGUUUUUUUUAGCUCACAUAUGCAGUGCCCGGUGAAAUGGAAGUCGGCAGCGCUCAAGCAAAUUCUUGAAGCAUGUGUUGUCAUAUUUUAGUCUUUCAGAGAACGCAUUCUCUCUCUCAUGUGUAUGAAGCACCUCGAAUUUUUUUUUUCCCCUUGUAAGGUUAAUUUGUGACGACAUUUUUUUUUUUGCGUGUGUGUUGUUUGGUUGACGACACAGAUCUUAGCUACAUAGAUAGGCUUGUAUCUUUCUAGUGAUUUGUAUAGACAUCAAUUAAGGAGCGACGCAUACUUUUUUCAGUCAUGUGGCAAGUUGUCUCUGCGCCAUUUUUUUAGGGCACUGUAAUAAGUCGACGUGUCAAUUGUCAAUGACUUGCCAUUGCGCCAAUGUUGGCGGAGGAGAGGUGGUGUGUUGCAUACCAUCCUCUCUUUUUAACCUUUUUUUGGCGACAUCCUAGGAAGUGACGGGUUGAGGUGUAGCAUGUUCUUUAAGGUUGUUGAUACACAAAAUGAAAAGAGAAUAUGUCUGUUGCUUGUUGUAUUUUAAUAUGUACGUCUACUUUGUAAGGAAUAAAAUGUUUAUGCAUGCA